GCUUCCUCGGAGUUGAACAUACGUGUGAAAGAUCGAGCGGGGGAUGAUGUUGUAACACCUGGCAAGAAAAGCCGUAUGGGAAACAUUUUUAAGGAAGCUCCCAUUAAAGGAUUCAAAGAGGGAGCUGCCGACGCUUUGAAACGUCCACUUACAGGAAUAUUUCGUAGACCAGGAUCUCGUUCUGGACGAAAGCGAGAAGAUGUUGACUCAAGUACUUCCGGAGGUGGUCAAGGUAGCUUUUUUAUUAUUAUUUUAUUUUUGCGUCGUGACUCUUCAUGUCGUUGA